AUGAAUUUCCCAGAAAAACGUUUCUUCAGCCAACCUGCCCUCUUAGUCUUCCUGUCCAUCUUUGGUCUCCUGUCCCUCUCUACCUUCGUGCACCUGUACGACAAGAUGCCAUACCAGUGGUGGAGGGUCAACCUCAAGAAAGCAUCCAGUUUCCCAUGGAUAGGACAUCCUUCUUUCCUCAGCACUCCCUCCAAUUCUUCCAGCUUGCUCUGUAACACUACCCAUAAUUCAUGCAGUUCAUCCUCUAAGAUCAUAAAUAGUGGUAUAUGGACGGUGAACUCCAUUGGCCGCUUGGGAAACCAGAUGGGGCAAUAUGCCACCCUCUAUGCUUUAGCCAAGAUCAAUGGGCAUCAAGCAUACAUCCUUCCUGCCACGCACCAGUACCUAUCUCCAAUAUUCCAGAUCACCCUGCCUAUGAUCCAUGCUGAAGUGGCUAAGAAGAUCCACUGGAAGAACUUCCAAUUGCAUAAUUGGAUGUCAGAGGAUUAUAAUCACAUCCAAGGCAAAUAUGUCCAGCUAACAGGCUUCCCUUGGUCUUAUACCUUUUAUCACCACAUCCGCCAAGAGAUACUCCAGGAGUUCUCCUUCCAUGACCACAUAAAAGAAGAGGCCAAUCAAUACCUUCAGGAGCUGAGAGGGAAACGCCAAGAGGUGACAUAUGUUGGAGUACAUGUCCGGAGAGGGGAUUAUGUCAGAAUAAUCCCCCCAAGGAAAGCUGUGUUGGCUGACAGAGGCUAUCUGGAGAAAGCCAUGAACUACUUCAGAAAGAAGUACCUCAAUCCCAUCUUUGUGGUGGCCAGCAAUGGGAUGGAGUGGUGCAAGCAAAACAUUAAUGCCUCCAAGGGGGAUGUUUACUUUGCUGGGGAUGGACGAGAGUCAUCUCCUGUAAAGGAUUUUGCUCUCCUUGCACACUGCAACCACACAAUAAUGACCUUGGGCUCUUUUGGUAUCUGGGCUAGCUACCUAGCUGGUGGGGAGACUGUUUACUUGGCCAACCAUACUCUCCCAGACUCUCCCAUGCUGAGGAUCUUCAAGGCCUCAGCUGUGUACUUGCCUGAAUGGAUUGGGAUCCCAGCAGACCUUUCCCCUCUGCUAUCCAAGCAACCUGCUGAAGUCCAGAAGCCAUAA